AUGGCGCUUGAGGAUUUCGAGAAAUCAUUGGCAGAGGAGCAAGAGAGACGACGUGAGAGAAGCGACAAGGACAGACACCGCCGUCACAGAGACAGAGACCACGACCGCGACCGCAGCCGCGAGCGCUCGAGGCACCACCGUCACCAUCGUCGUUCGUCCCGAUCGAGAGAACGCGAUUACGACAGGCAUCGCGAGUCGCGUCGUAGCGACGAAGCUAGCCACCGACACAAACGGUCGCGUCAUUCGACCGACCAUGGAGAUGAUCGCGAUCACGAUCACAAGCGCCAUCACAGAGAGAGCAAGGACGAACAAACAAAAUCGCCAGUUGAAGCUGCAGAGGCGGUCCAGGAUGAGGCACCGAAAUUGAAGAGAGAUGCUUGGAUGGAGGGUCCCUCCAGCCUGGAUAUUGACUAUGUCCAGCGACGCUCCACUACGCGUCUAGAAGAGGAACCGAAACCCAAGAUGCUUUCAGCAGAUUACGAGUUGAAGAUUCACGGUCGGGAGAUCAACACCCAUCUACGGGAUUUGAAGGACGGGAAAGUUUUGGAAGAGAUUGAAGAACAGCCCGCGCAACACGAGGUUGAUUAUACAUUUGGCGAUUCUGGCUCGCAGUGGAGAAUGACCAAGUUGAAAGCUGUCUAUAGGGAGGCUGAGGAGACCGGCCUGUCGGUGGAAGAGAUUGCGAUGAACCGGUUCGGAGACCUUCGUUCGUUCGAUGACGCACGUGAAGAAGAGGCAGAAUUAGAUCGGCGCGAAAGAUAUGGCGAAGGCUACGUGGGCAAGGAAAAGCCAUCGGGCGAGCUGUUUCAGGAACGCAAGCUACAGGAGAAUGUUCACCGUGGAGCGCAUGAGCACAUCCGCAGUCCGACCAGAGAGCUCAAUGCCGAAGGACAAGGAAAGCCCAUGGAGACUGUGCCACCGCAGAAUACUACGCAGCAUCUUGACUUGACCGCACUCAAUCGACUCAAGGCUCAAAUGAUGAAGGCCAAACUCAAGGGCGCGCCAGAUGCCGCCGAGCUUGAGGAGCGUUACAACACUGCUGCUGCUGCUAUGGCUAACCGCAAGGAGUCGGAUGUAGUGGUCUUAGGUGUCAUGGAGAACCGGAUGCUGGCUGGAAAGAGGAACGAAGUCAAGGCAGUCGAUAACAAGCGAGGCCGUGAGCGAGGCAAAUUGGAAGAUAACGAUGAUAUGACUAUUGAAGACAUGGUCCAAGAAGAGCGACGGACGCGCGGACAAUGGGGUGGAGAUGGACGCCGCAUUGCGGAAAGAAUUGCCAAGGACGCCAAAUUUGAAAAUGAUCUUGAAUACAUGGACGAUAAUGCUUCCAAGCUCGCCCGUCGGGUGCAUCGCUCUGAGAUCGACAUCAAGAAUACAACCAUCAACGAGCUGCAGAAGAUGAACAAGAUCCUCGACAACUGUCCUCUAUGCCAUCACGAAGACACGAAUACGCCUCCUGUAGCACCUGUUGUGUCCUUGGCGACAAGAGUGUACCUUACUCUGCCGACCGAACCUGAGCUCAGCGAAGGGUGUGCUACCAUUGUUCCCAUCCAGCAUCGUACGAACCUGUUGGAGUGCGACGAUGACGAGUGGGAAGAGAUCCGCAAUUUCAUGAAGAGCCUAACGCGCAUGUAUCACGACCAAGGCCGCGAUGUUAUAUUCUAUGAGAACGCGGCCCAGCCUCACCGCAAGCGCCACGCGGCGAUGGAAGUGGUCCCCCUUCCUUACAGCCUCGGGGAGACAUCACCGGCCUUCUUCAAGGAGGCGAUUCUGUCUUCCGACGCGGAGUGGUCUCAGCACCGGAAGCUGAUCGACACCCUUGCCAAUUCCAAGCAAGGCAUGGGGCGGAGCGCUUUCCGCCGUAGCAUAGCCAAAGAGAUGCCUUACUUCCAUGUGUGGUUCAGUUUGGAUGGUGGCCUGGGACACGUGGUUGAAGACGAAAACCGCUGGCCGCGUGGAGACCUCUUUGCUCGGGAGGUCAUUGGGGGCAUGUUGGAUCUGGGUCCGGAAGUGAUCAAGCGGCAGGGCCGCUGGCAACGGGGUGGUGAUCGGCGAGUACCUGGAUUCCAGAAGCGCUGGAGGAAGUUCGACUGGACGCGGAUUCUUGUGGAGGGAUGA